GCUGAAUGCAUUAGUUUUAGUUUCAUAUUGGACAUAGUUGGAUAUUAUGACAUUAUGGAAUAUUUUAUUACAAAGAUCUUAGGAUAGCAAUAAUAGCAUUUUUGAAUUAGGGUCUCAUAUUUUAGUUUGAACAGGGCCUUCCAUUUAUCCGGGCCGGGCCUGUUUGGGCCCUGCACUAUUCACCUGCUUAAUCCCGGGACCCACCACCCACGUGCUACGCCACUUCUGUCCCUUCCACAUGUGAACGCCGUUCCUCCCUCAGCCGGAAACACACGCGGUAACUGACGGAAACAGACGGAGACGCUUAACGGUAGCGCGGCCGUUCCGUCGCCUAUUUAACCCCACUAUUCCCAACUCCCGGUUCUCUCUCAGGUUUAUGGUCGAACAUGUCAUCUUCAUCAUCUUCAGGGAUUUUAGAAGGGAAAGCGAUCAACCCAAAGCAUUUCUCCGCAGAUUUUCUGCAACUCCUCUCCAUCCAGCAUCUUCUAAAGCAAUUUCUGGUUCUAAAGAACCCCACAUACCCCAAUCUGGUAAGAGAAUUUUACGAAAAUCUGAAGAAACAUCCUACCUCUGCCGACACGAUCACGACUCACGUUCAAGGAAAAGAAAUCCUCCUUUCAGCUCAAAAUCUCGAAGAAUGGCUCUCUCUGCCUCUCCGUGGCAUUUCCGCGUAUUCUCGCGAUCAUUGGGCUAAAGAUCUCCCCACUCCGCCGUCAACUAUCAUGGACGAUUUGUCCGGCAAACCCGUCGACGGAAGCAGCGAGCGCGUCAUCAAGCAAUCGCUGCCGGGGGAAGUGAGGCUCAUCUCGCUACUCAUCACGAAAUGCAUUCUUCCGGUGAGGAACAACAGCGAUUGUCUCGGGAAGCUGGAAAGCUCCUUCACCUAUUUCAUUAAGAACCGGAUCCUCGUCAAUUGGCCGUCUGUUAUGAUUCAGCACAUGAUUUCAUCCGUGAAGAAAUCCAAUCUUCCUUACGGGAUGUUAAUAAGCUGGAUUCUCGAGACUCGUUAUGGCGUCGGAGUGAAUCGGGAUUUUCAGAGCGAAUACUCUGAAACGACGAUCGACGAAGUCUAUCUCCGGUCGGUUCGGCUGUACAGAGUCGACGGGAACGCGUAUUUAACGGAGAAUGAGAUCCUGGCCUUGCCGGAAGCCCAACGGCCCAUGUGGUUCCCGAAGCCCAAAAAGAGGGCCCGUCGAGCCCGCACGAAACGCAGAGCCCGGUCGCCGGAGUCUGGCCGGCCGUCUUCGUCGGAGCCCCGGCAAUCCGUAGAGCAAAGACCGCUGUUUGACUUUUCCACCGAGGAUUCGGCUCUGGCGUCUUUGGAAAGGUGUGAGGAUACGAAUUCGAUGAAGGAAUAUCUUCGAGAACUUACGAAGAAGAUGUUUGCAGGUUUUGAGAGUCUGAAAAAAUCAUCGGGUUGUGAUCUUUGUGGAGUUCAUGGAAACGCGGUGGAAGUAAUCCGGUAUAUCCAACACUGCGGCGGCGACACCCAUCAAUGGCAAAGACCGUCGCAACGUACCGUCCAUCAUCACAGCUCUUGUUUGAAUUUAAAUGCUGUACCUAGCGAGUCCGAACAAUAAAUAAAAAUGUAUUUUUUGAGAAAUAUAAUUGAAUUAGUCAUCUUACUCUUCCUAAUUAGGAAUUAUUAUCACCAUUAUAUAAUCCUUCUCCAUUGUAAUUAACACACCAUAAUAACACCUCUAUCAUACUAUUAAUAACAUCUUCCUAAGUGUUCAAUCCUGCUUAUU